AUGGCUCCGAAAGCGAAAGAGAAAGCGAAGCCGGCCCCCGCCGCCCCAGCGUUGGCCAUAGAGGACCUCUUCACAUCCCUUAAUCGCCACAUCGAACGGUCAGAAUUCGAUCAAGCCGUCAAAAUCUCAGAUCAAGUUCUUUCGAUUGCGCCUGGAGAUGAGGACGCUAUUAGAUGUAAGAUUGUGGCGUUGAUUAAGAACGAUAGAGUCGACAAAGCUUUAUCGGCCAUUGAACAGUGUUCCAACAAAUCUUCGAUUGAUUUCGUUUUCUUCAAGGCGUACUGCCUAUAUCGGCAAAAUAAGUUGGAUGAAGCUUUGGAAUCCUUGAAAGGGCAAGAGAAGAACUCUGCAAUGAUGCUGUUAGAAUCACAAAUUUUAUUUCGUUUAGGAAAAAUGGAUGCUUCCGUCAAUAUUUAUCAAGAGCUCCAGAAGUCCAAGAUAGAGUCCUUAGAAAUAAAUGUUACUGCUAGUUUGGUUUCUGCUGGGAGGGCUUCUGACGUGCAAGUGGCUAUGGAUUCUCUCAGAGUUAAGCCAACUAGCAGUUUUGAACUGGCUUAUAACACUGCUUGCUCAUUGAUAGAAAGAAACAAAUACAAGGAUGCAGAACAAUUGUUGUUAUCAGCUCGAAGAAUCGGUCAGGAAUCACUGAUGGAAGAGAAUUUGGCUAAUGAUGACAUAGAAAUCGAAUUGGCUCCUAUAGCCAUUCAAUUAGCAUAUGUUCAACACAUCCUAGGUAACACAAAAGAAGCUUUCGAAUCUUAUACCAAUGUCAUCAAGAGAAAUCUGGCAGAUGACUCGUCACUGGCAGUGGCAACAAACAACCUUGUUGCUCUGAAAGGCCAUAAGGAUGUGGCUGAUGGGUUAAGAAAACUCGAUAAGUUGAUAGAGAAAGGUGAUGGACCACAGACUUUCCAGCUUGCUCGUGGUCUUGACCUAAAGCUUUCACGUAAGCAAAGAGAAGCAAUAUUCGUCAAUCGUCUACUGUUGCUACUUCAUUCUAAUAAGAUGGAUCAGGCUCGAGAACUCGCAUCUGCGCUGCCAAGCAUGUUUCCGGAUAGUGUAAUGCCUGCUCUUCUUCAAGCUGCAGUACAUGUGAGAGAAAACAAAGCAAACAAAGCAGAGGAGAUAUUAGGGCAGUUCGCAGAUAAGUUCCCUGACAAGUCGAAGGUCUUUCUGCUUGCAAGGGCACAGGUUGCAGCUUCUGCUGGUCAUCCUCAAAUAGCAGCUGAAUCUCUGCUGAAAAUAUCUGAUAUUCAACACAAGCCGGCAACUGUUGCUACCAUUGUUUCUCUGAAAGAGCGUGCUGGAGAUAUUGAAGGUGCUGAUGCUGUAUUUGAUGCUGCAAUUCAGUGGUGCUCUAAUGCCAUGACUGAAGACAAUAAGCUUGAUAUCAUCAUGGAAGAGGCUGCUGCUUUUAAGCUAAGGCAUGGAAGAAAGGACGAUGCUGCACGUCUAUAUGAGGAGCUGGUGAAAAGCCGUGGAAGCAUAGGGGCUUUGGUCGGGCUUAUUCAGACAACCGCUCAUACAAAUAUUGAGAAAGCGGAAACUUAUGUGAAGCAGCUGAAACCACUACCUGGUUUGAAGGCAGUUGACGUGGGGAGCCUGGAGAAAACUUCUGGUGCAAAGCACAUGGAGAGUGAUUCGACUGCUAGCAUCACUGAAGCAUUUGAAGCAAAGAGUAAGGAGAAAGUGAAGAAGAAAAGGAAGAGAAAGCCGAAGUACCCAAAAGGGUUCGAUCCUGCAAAUCCAGGCCCUCCACCAGAUCCUGAGAGGUGGUUGCCGAAGAAGGAGAGGUCUAGUUACAGACCAAAAAGAAAGGAUAAGAGAGCAGCUCAAGUUAGGGGUUCUCAGGGUGCAGUAGCUAAAGAGGCUGCUACUAGUGUAAACCCGAAAUCAAAUCAAACAUCUAAGGGUCCCUCGCAGAAUGCCAGCGCAGAGCAGUCGAAGCCUUCAUCUAAGUCAAGGAAGAAAUCAAAGAAUUAA